AUGCAAGAAAAGCCCACCACCGUCGCCGCCUACGCGGCCGGAGCGUCCCUGGCGGCCGUGGCCCUGUUCUACGUCUUCGGUCCCAACUACACAAUCGACGGCGACGAGUCGAACGACAGCAACCGGAAAAAAAGCAUCGUCGGCCUCUCCAACCUCGCCAAUGACUGCUUCAUCAAUUCCGUGCUCCAGGCCCUCGCCGGGCUGGGCGACCUGCGAGUCUACCUCAUUCACGAACUGCAUCGCCGGCAGCUGGACGGGCCGGAAACAUACCACACUGUGACCAGUGACGAGGAAAUGACCGCAGGGGCGACGGACAAGCUCCGGGAACUGCAGCAGGGCAUUACCACGCGGGCCUUGAAGGAGAUGCUGGACCGCUUGAACGAGCGGCCCAUCUACCGCAAGACUAUCUCUGCACGCGACUUCAUCCAGGCCCUGGAAUACGCGUUCCGCACCCGCAUCAGUCGCAAUCAGCAGGACGCUCAGGAAUUUCUGCAGAUUGUCCUGGAGCGGUUGUGUGAUGAGUAUCACGCUGGUGUGCGGGCGCGCAAGCGGGCCCUGGGGAAUGCUGCUGCUGCAUCGAGUGAGGGGAGUGCGCAGGAGAGCUCGUCGGAGGUGGAGGUUCGGAUUGAUGAUGGCUCGGUGAAUGGAUUGCCUGCGAUCAUUGAUACGAAAUUGAAGGAGAUCGACUCGGAGUCUGGGUUUCCCUUUGAAGGGAAAAUGGAGUCUCAAAUCGAGUGUCAAUUCUGUCACUACCAGUAUAAACCCAACCAGACGGCAUUCGUCAAUCUGACCCUGCAGGUGCCGCAGAAGAGCUCGACUACGCUAGGCUCGUGCUUUGACGGUCUUUUGAAAACCGAAUACAUCGAGGACUUCCGGUGUGAUCGGUGCAGCCUACAGCACGCCAUUGAUGUCAAGAGCAAAGAACUGGCUCGGACACGAUCCCAGGGCGAUCGCGAUCGCCUCGAGCAAGAGAUCGCCCGUCUACAAACCGCCAUCGAGACGGACCCCGAGGCCGAACUAGAAGGCAUCGUCAUGCCUCCCUCUGACAGCGUCCCCAAGCGCCGCAUCGCCCGCCACAUGCGCAUCACCGCAUUCCCCAAAGUGAUCGCCAUCCACCUCUCCCGCUCCAUCUUCGACCGCAGCAGCUCCAGCAAAAACGCCGCCAAAGUCUCCUUCCCCGAACGCCUCCCCCUCGGCGGCCUCCUCACCCAAAAGUGGUACAAACUCCUCGCCAUCGUCUGCCACAAAGGCAGCCACCACAGCGGCCACUACGAAUCCUUCCGCCGCAACCACAUCUACCCUCCCUUCUCAACCCCCGGCGCCUUCAGCUCCUACGCCAGCCGCGCCGCCAGCCAAAGUCCCUCCGCCGCGCCCAGCCCUCGCAUCAUCCCCCGCACUCCCGACCCGGGCCUCUCCCCCGCGACCUCCUCUACUUCCCUCUCGGGCUCUGUGCCCCUCACCGGUCGCCCUACGACUGCCGGGUCGCGCCGUUCCUUCACUGGGAAGAUCUCGGAGGGCCCGCUCGAGAGUGGGAGUCCGAGUGCCCGCGCUUCCCGCAGUAUACCCCGCCCGGAGUCGGGGUCGGGGGUCAGUUCGCGGUUGCGUCGCCGUCGCAAGCCGCACGAUCGCUGGUGGCGUAUCUCGGAUGAGAAGAUCAAGGAGUGUAAGACGUCGGAUGUGCUGGGGAUGCAGCGGGAGGUCUAUUUGUUGUUCUACGAGCUGGAGAAGCCUGAUCCGUGUAUAUAA